UGUAACGCCAAUCCUCUAUAUAAACGCGCGCGGCCGACCUCAUCAGCCCUCAUCAGCCACCGCCUCUCGCGCAGACCUUGCUUUGCUCUUUCUUGCAAAACCCUAGCGUCGCGAUUUUGCUUCCAGCGCAGCAAUUUCUAUCUGUCCCAGGGAUUUGUGGAGCUCGUGGCGAUGUCGGACGAGGAAAGGGAAGAGAAGGAGUUGGAUCUCUCCUCUCCCGAAGUCGUCACCAAGUGCAAGAACGCUGCCGAGAUUGCUAAUAAGGCUUUGCAGCUAGUACUGUCAGAAUGCAAACCAAAGGCUAAAAUUGUUGACAUUUGUGAAAAGGGUGAUUCAUUCAUUAGAGAGCAAACUGGCAACAUGUACAAGAAUGUGAAGAAGAAGAUUGAAAGGGGUGUUGCAUUCCCUACAUGCAUCUCUGUAAACAAUACUGUGUGCCAUUUCUCUCCACUUGCGAGUGAUGAGACAUUGUUGGAAGAAGGUGAUAUGGUAAAGAUUGACAUGGGUUGUCACAUAGAUGGUUUCAUAGCGGUAGUUGCACACACCCAUGUCCUUCAGGAUGGACCUGUAACUGGAAGGCAAGCUGAUGUUAUUGCUGCUGCAAAUACUGCCUCUGAAGUUGCUUUGAGGCUUGUAAGGCCCGGAAGGAAGAACAAAGAUGUAACAGAAGCAAUUCAGAAGGUUGCUGCUGCCUAUGACUGUAAAAUUGUUGAAGGUGUCCUUAGCCACCAGCUGAAACAGUUUGUGAUUGAUGGAAACAAGGUUGUACUUAGUGUAUCAAGUCCUGAUACGAGAGUUGAUGAUGCUGAAUUUGAGGAAAAUGAAGUUUAUGCAAUUGAUAUUGUCACAAGCACAGGUGAAGGCAAGCCCAAGCUCUUAGAUGAGAAACAGACUACUAUUUACAAAAGAGCCGUUGAUAAGAAUUAUCAUUUGAAAAUGAAAGCAUCUAGGUUCAUAUUCAGUGAAAUCAACCAAAAAUUUCCUAUCAUGCCAUUUACAGCAAGGGCCUUGGAAGAGAAGCGUGCUCGGUUAGGAUUGGUAGAAUGUGUCAAUCACGAUCUCUUGCAACCGUAUCCUGUUCUGCAUGAGAAGCCUGGGGAUUAUGUUGCUCAUAUCAAAUUCACUGUUCUGCUAAUGCCAAAUGGGUCAGAUCGCAUAACAUCUCAUCCUCUGCAGGAGCUCCAACCUACUAAAACUGUAGAUGACCCUGAAAUCAAAGCAUGGUUAGCUUUGGGCACCAAGACAAAGAAGAAAGGUGGUGGGAAGAAGAAGAAAGGCAAGAAGGGCGACAAAACCGAGGAGUCAGCUGAAGCGGAGCCUAUGGACGCAACAUUAAAUGGAGCCGAGUCUUAAGAAUUGGAGUUCCUAGAUUAUGAUUGGUGGCUCCUUUUUGUUAUCCAAUUUUGGUCAUUAGUUGUUGAUCCUAAUUGGGUUUCCCUGGAUGUUGAACCCCCCCCCCCCCCCCCCCAUGUACACAUGGUUAACUAAUCUAUUAUAUCCCAUUUUUUUUCCCUUUUUAUAGAUAAAUGUUUUUUUUUUUUUUAAAUUUGGCAAUUGAAAACCUGAAAGUGGACAUGUCAGCAGAAUGUGAGAAUGGAACAAUAAACCUGUUCACAUUUAGGGAAAAUGCUGUUGAUUUUAGUGUAGUUA